AUGGCGGAUAGCGACGAUUCUUCAAGGCCCCAGUUUGGUAAUCGUUUUCUCUCCGAUCCGAGCAAGGUUUUUGAACAUAAUGCCUGGUAAGAUAUUGAUAGACCUUAAAUAUUCCUUAUAUCUAGUAUAUCGGGUUUUGUGGUGAUCGAUGUACACCAAAACGGUUAUUAACUUGAGAGAUGACCUUCUUUCUCAUUCAACCAUUUUGAACCGCGAAGUGGUAACGUGCGAGAAGGAUGGAAAAAUAUAGUCAUCAGUUAUAAUUAAAUAAAAAGGAAAAGAUCAUUGCACAUGGUUGGCACUAGAGCUAAUCACUCAUUCAUAUAUUUCAGAUUUAUUUGGCCGUAAUACGUUUAGCCUUGUUCCAGGCGUUCAGAUAGUUGGGCGCAGGCGAAAAAUUGACAAGCCCUCGGUUGUUCAAACGUUGGUUAGCGCUAUCCACUGGUUAAAUCACUAUCCAGUGGAUAACACAAUUGGUUUUCGCAAUACUUAUCCACUGGAUAGCGAUUUAUCCGGUGGAUAGUGCUAUCCAACAUUUGAACAACCAGGGCCAGGAAAAGAGACGGCGAAAAGGGGGUCUCCCCUCAUUUUUUCCUUGUUUUCGUUUUGCGCUCGCCGCGUAAGACUCCCUCCCCACCAAUCUGAAUGCCUGUAGUGGGCUAUAUUUGGCAUUUGACAUGGGGUUUAAUGAUUCCGUUUCUUAGGCAAACCCCCAAAGAGGACUGAUUGAGAAGUUUGUUAGAAUCAUACUAUUUUAGUAAACAAACAAACAAGCAAAACCUAGCAAAAAAACUCCGAUCCAAAUUUGUCGUCUAGAACAGUUACACAUUUGUGUAUUUCUCUUUCACUUUUUUUUUUCAGUUCACACCACCAAGAAAUGAAACCAACAGUCUAUAUUCCAUUACAUGUUUAUUUUUGUUUUGUUUGAAUGUUUGUUAUAUUUAGGGACAGUGUGGAAUGGGAUACUGAACAGGAGCAAGAUGCACAACAAAAGAUAAAUGAAAAUUCCAGAGUUAAACUUGGAGAAGAUCAACAAAGUAUUUUACUUUCAUAGCUGUAUUGUGUUGAUGUGAUAAAAAAAAAAUUAAACUGCUUAAAGUAUUCAUACCCCAAGAGCAGGGGAUAUGUGAAGGGCUCCCAUAUGAAAUGGGCAUUGAUACUAGAAACUCAUUUACGAAUGUUUAUUGCAGCUUUUAGUAUUACUUAGGAGACUGAGAACUUCCCUCCAAUUUUUUGAUGACCCUCCAGGGGAACUGGUUUUCAUGUCAUUGGUAAAAUUCAUUCUACAGGAAAAGGAGCCUUGUCACAAAAUUAAUUUUAUCAAAAUUCACACACUGGAAACUGCCACCAAAUUCUUUUUGUCUGUAGCUUUUGAUAUAAUUCUUGGGGGACAAAGUUCCAUUGACAAUAAAGAAGUGUAGUUUUGGCAAUAUUUACAAAAUGUACUGGACAGCAGCUGUAACGCAGCCAGCCCUUUAAACCAGAGAACAGAUUUGUUUCUGAGCCCAAACAGGAGACAACGACCUUGUUUCCGUGGCAGAGAGAACCCUGGGAACAAAAUUGAGGAGUCGACAAAGGAAUUCCUGGUUAUAACCUGAGAAUGGCUUUUGUCUACACUAUGAUCGACAAUAUUCCUAAAACAAAACAGUGGCUAAAUUUUGAAAGAGAGGUAGCUCUCACAGUUCCCUCUUUUACAAUUAUUUCAAAUAGCAUGAUUUGAGAUUUUUUGGACAGCGCUCAAAACAAAUUUGGACUGUUGCCAGCCGGUUGAUUGGCCAAAGAAAUUUUAGGUCGGUCAUGUCUUUUUUCUGUCCAGUCAAAAUGUUAAAAGUGGAAAGUUUAAGCUUCACAGCAAAUGCCAGAUUCAAGUUGAGAAUUUCUCAAAAUAGAAGAUGAGCAGAAAAAAAAUGGUUCAAAGCAAUUCUUAUGGAUAUAAAAUUGCAUGAAACUAUUAAUUUAUAUGUAGAAAUAAUAAACAGGAAACAACAAUUUAUUAAAGGGGACACUUGGUCACAUGGUACAAAUUUGUGUUUGCCGUUUGACGUAAACGUGAAACUUAACCUCUCUAAUAACACGAUAAUAACUGGAACAUACUUAGCUUUAAAGCAAAAACAUUAAGGGGAAAAGGAUGAUUGUACUCUUGAAAUUUAAUGGUGUAAAAAUAUAUCUUUUUUACAGUCACUUACACUGUAUUCGUUUCCUGUCAAAAUGACUGGCAAACCGAAUGUUUGUCCAGACAAAUGGUCAUUUUGGCCAUACAUUGUCUGUUGACAUCUUGAGAGUACAUGCCGUGAGAGUAAAUCAAAAUGGACUAUGUCGUCAUGUGUGAGGGCUGGAUGGAUGUUAAAGAUCUUAAACCAGAACUUUAAUACUAAUGUCUCAUUUGGGGCACAAUGUUGGGUUAAGGAAGGGAUAGGUGCAUGGGCAGUUUGCCAGAAUCUUGUACUGAUUCUGAUAUUUUCUACCUCUAAUUCAACUUUCAGAAUUGUAUGAGGAGAAAGCAGAUUGUUUCUGGAAUGAAUUUUACAUGCAACAUCAAAACAGGUUCAUGUAGUUUAGAGUGGUGAAAUGAAAAUUGAAAAUUUAAGAAUAAUAAUUUGAAAUGAUAUUUUAGCCCUGCCAAGUAAUAAUAAUAAUCAAAGAUAUCUUACGUGAAACAAGUAACUCAUCAUGUAUCAUUAUUUGGUUAAUAAUAAAUAUAAUAGAUUAUUGCUAAUUAUUUUGUAGCCAAAAAAUUAAUAGUUAUCCACAGUUGGAAGCACAGGUCCUACAGCUCCCCUUUAGGUAGCCUGUUUCUUUUUUCUUUAUCCUUUUUUUUUCAAAAAAAAUUAAAAUAAAUGAAUUAACAAUUAAUGAAUGAGGCUGAGUAUCUUAUGAAGAAUUAUGGAGAUUGAGGAGAGUGUUAUCCAUCGAGGCCGUAGGCCAAGGCGGAUAACACCCUUCAAGAUCUCCAUAAUUAUUCAUAUGAUACGAAAGUCGAAUUCAAUAAUUGUUUUAUUAUUGAUUCAAAAUAAUUCCUAGUUCAAAAACAUGGCUAAAACAUGCUUACCUCCAUCAAUCCAUCGAUGUUAUGUUCAUCCUCGGUAGUGCACAUUUAGGUUUGUCCAGCUCCGCAAAUAUUCUCCAAAUAGCAGAUGUCGCCCUUCGAGUUGUCUUCUUGCUGUAAUUGCCAUGUUUUUAGCUAUUUUUUCGCCUAGUUCUUACUCUUAAAACAAGUGAAAUGUCUGCCAUUUUUUGUUUUCACAACCAAAACCAACCUCAACCUCUUCUCGGUUGACGGUGCCUUAACCUGCACGAGCGCUGCAUUUUUGACGUCAUUUCCUCGUUAAACACAAAAUUCUUCCAAAUUUGGUCAUCAGUAACUGGUUAUGGUGAAUUAUGCAUGUGCUUUUAGCCAAUCAGAAUCGGGGAAAUAUUGUGAAUGAAUAAUAAGGCGUAUUAUUUGACAGAUGAUGAAUGUUUUUUCUUUUGUCAAUAAAGGUUUUUCAAAGACCGUCACUGGUUAUUCACAGAAUUUCCAGAAUUAUCAGGACCAAACUCCGUAAAACCACAACCUGAACAUGAACAGACAACAAAUUCUCUGGGAUCAAGAUAUGAAGAAGCUUUAAGAUCAAAGCCUAGCUCAGAUGAUACUCCACUACAACAAGAAACAAAUCUCCUGGCAGUAAAAAACAAUGAGGCUUUGUCACCACACUCUGUAAAGCCUCAACAUCUAGAGAAAACAAAUCUUCAGGCCAUAGGACACGAGAAGGCUUUAACAAAGGAGACUCAUUUAUCUAACUUCUUAGAGAACUUGAAUGUCUCAAAUAGCUCUAAGAAUGUGGCUGCUAAUUCUUUGACAAUGGGAGAUGGUUGUAAGGAAUUUGAUAAUACUCGAUGCUGUGCAAGUGUGAAACAGAAUUCUUCAACCACCAUCUUGAAGGAUAAUGGUACUGAAAGUGAAAGACAUUGUGCUGAAGUUUAUCCUGGACAUAAGACAAAGAAACGGAUUCUGGAGGUGAAGAAAUUGAUGGAGUGUUUCCUCUUAAAUAUGUAUGAGUUUUUUUUUCUAUUUCUAAUCUCAUGUUUAAUUUUCAUGAAGGGAAAGCAAAGGAGUUGAGGGAUGUUAGAAAUGUGACCCUCAUAACAAGUAGUAAUUAUGUACACAAUUAUAUUAAAUUUGGUCAUGGUUUCAAUUCUUACAUGAUAUGAGAUGGUUUUUAGGCAACUGAGAACAUAUGUGGUUUAUCACAUGCAAGCAACCAAGAAUGCAUGUGAUAUUGUUUGAUUUUGAGGCAAUGAAGAAUGUGUCUUAUUUUUGAAGAAGGAUUUUUUUUAUUAAUUUUUUUAGGUUGGUUGUGGUGUUGGGAACACUGUCUUUCCAAUCUUGGAAGCAAACAAGUAAGUUUUUAGUAAGGGGAUAAAGGAGUAUUCCGCAAUUCGUUGUGUGACUAUAACAGAGUAGAGCCUCCAUGUGUGACCACCUUCCUCUUAUAAGUAACCAUAAAGAAAAAAUACCAAAAUCAGAAUUCCCAGUGAAAAGUACUAUUCAGUCAAAUGUCAUAAGCAACCACCUCAGGAGUCCAUGAAAGUGGUUGCACAAGGCAAACUCGUGACUAAAAUCCUUCCUUUUUAUAAUGUUUUCUAUAGCGUGUUCAAUUUUUCUGCUGUGAAAUUCAAAAUUAAUGCUUACUUUUUACGCCAAAAUUUAGGAGUAAUUUACCACCUGUGAUAUCCUGAAACCUUAUAGCACUUUGCAAUGUUCCAGUUAAUUGUUUCAAGUGGAGGGUCAUGUAGACCAUCUGAGGGGUCACCCAGAUCACAUGCUAAUUUUUUUUGUUUUAUUUGUCUUAACAUUUCAAUCAUUGGGUCAGGAAGCCUUCUUUGUCAGGUCAUUGACCUAAGACCCAUCUCUUGUCUGUAACACUGAAUUUGUAAGACGUAAUUAACGUUAUCUGCUUGAAAUAAAUGAAUUUGAUUAAAACGAUUGCAUUUUAAAAGCAAUCCUUUAUUUUUCAGUGAUCCAGAUUUAUUUGUUUACUGCUGUGAUUUUUCUUCAAAAGCGAUUAAUUUAGUGAAGGUGAGUUGAACAUGUAGAGUGAAGAGCCUUAGUAUUUUAAGUUACUAGUUGAUGUAAUGAAUGUUGGAGUCUUGGUACUGCAUGUCUUGUUGUUGAAACUGUGUGAUGUUUAGGCAACCUUUCAAGAACAUCAUCAUAGUCAUGUUUGCAUUGACAAGUAACCUCAAAACCUCUGAGAAUAAGGCUAGAGUAAUAUACCAACUGUUGUAGUUCAAAAUUAAAAUCCGAGAUUAAAAUCUUUGAUCUUGUUUGGCUCUCAACAUAGCUGAACCCCAACCUAAAUAAGCUGGAAAAUCAAACUAGCUUGAAAUGCAACAUAAAUCUCUGUAGCAAGUAUUUUUCUUCCUAUCACAGGCUUAAUAAUAAUAAUAAUAAUAAUAAUAAUGAUAAUAAUAAUAAUAAAUAAUUAAGAAUAAUAAUUAUUUUUAUUCUGUGAGCCUGUAAAUUCCAGGAUUUCUAAUGAUGUUAUGGUUCCAUUGAUGUUAAUGGUACAUGUAUUUUCUCUAUUUUCUUCCUUUGUUUCAAACUGUUUUUAGUACAGUGCUUAAAAUGAAAACAUAUAUAGGAAAAUAACAUUUUUAUCAGGGAAACAUUUUUAAAGAUAUGUUGAAGGAUUACAAAUUUUCUUUGGAAAUGGUCAUUCCCCAUGCAUACUUCAGACUUCCCUUGUAUAACAAAUUUUAGCUGCUAAAACUUCAUUCUAAGUUUAAUGUCCACAAAAUAGGUAAGUGAGAUUUGAUCAAAAAUAAAACUUCCAAGAACCAGACUUGUCCCUCAAAGUUCAUAACUUUCAGUGCUGUAUCUCCAGGCUGGGGUCAAUCACCCAUCACUUUAAAACUACUGCAAAUUAUUGAAAUUAAAUUAAAUUGAGUAGAUACUCCCUAGCCUGAAUAUUAGCCAUCUCUUUGAGUUGCAAACUCUAAAUCAACAGCUGCUAAAGCUGUCCAGUGACAUUUACUACUACAACUAACUAACCUUUUGCUUUAGAGAAGUUUGUGACUCAAGUAGGUGGCUGAAAUUCUGGCUAGUUAUUGCUGUGAGAACAAACAAUCUAAUCAUUUUAUUUGAUUUCUUGGUAGGAACAUCCAGAUUAUAGUAGUGAGAGGUGUCAUGCCUUUGUGUGUGAUGUAACAGACAGCACAUUUGUUUUCCCAUUUCCUGAUGGCAGUCUUGACAUUGUCAUCUUGAUUUUUGUACUUUCAGCUGUUCACCCAGACAAGUAAGUAAAACUUCUUUGUUACAGAGAUGAUACAUGUAAGAAAUGAAUUUGUUCUGGUAAUGAACUUAGCAAAUAAUUACGCCAUGCUGGGUAUCAAUUUUGUUCUCAUCAUCAAAAUUAUUAUUACAUUUAGUUUUUCUUAUUUUUCUUUCUUGUCCACUUCACCUUCCGCAUUGAUUAGCUUAAGCAAACUGCGGGUUGCAUCAAAUAUUUUCUUUUUCCUUUUCAGUCUUAUUGUAUCACUAUAAUUUAUAACUUGUAAACUAUUUCACAUGCAAUAAGUUGUUGUUGUUGUUGUCAAUGUGUAAAAUCAAGAAAGCAAGUGCUGAUAACGAUUGUUGCAGCUUCCAAUUCAAAAGUCUUACCCUGUGUUUUUCAAUCUAACAAAUGUUUUAUUUAUUUGUUUAUUCCUUUUUUUUUUUUCAGAAUGCAAGAUGUAAUUUACAGACUCUCUAAGGUUGGUUAUUGUGGUCCCCUUUUUUUAAAAAUUUAAUAUUAAAAACAAACAAAGCCCCUACCAUUUUGCACAAGUUCUUAGUACCUAUAAUCAUAACUGAACAAGUACAGUAAAAUCCUGCUUGAUGGGCACCCACUUACUACGGACACCUUAUUAUGACGGACAGUUUGCUUUGUCCCAGGAAAAGAAAGCCUUUACUUUUUCUCUAAAUUCAACCCGCUUAAUAUGGACACCCCGUUAUUAAAUACAAGCGGGGUUUGACUGUGUCAGUUUCCAGCUGUUACAGUUUGGUUUUGUUUUUUCAGCUUCUAAAGCCAGGCGGGCUGAUUCUGUUUAGAGACUAUGGUCGAUUUGAUAUGGCACAGCUCAGAUUUAAAAAAGGUAGUUCUUCUUUUUUCCUUUUCAGAGGCACCCAACGAGAAUAUAGUUCAAAACCACUUAAACGUAGCAUUGUUAAACGUAUUUUAGUAUUUAAACAGUAGAUAUAGAUGUAGUUUAUCCCCUAAAAAUUUUUCAUCUGUUCGGAUUUCCUAGCUGAAAGUCUAGUGAUCCGAAAAUUAUAGGGAUCAAAAAUAACCUUUUCGAAAAUUUCUGCCAGAAAAAGGUUCCCGAAAAUUCUAGGUGAUCUUUCUAGGGUAAAAAUCCGUUAAAAUGGGCAAUUGUAGCAUUUUUUAGAUGUUCGACAAUCCUAGGAAUGGCAGGCAAGCAGGAAAUUUGAGAACAAAUGUUCCGAAAAUUCUAGAUCUCAAAUCGUCUUCCGAACAGAUAUGUUCCGAAAAUUAACGUUGGGUGCCCCUGUAUUUUGUUCUUGCAGAUUAAUAAUAAUAAUAAAACUUUUUGUUUAUUGAGGGUAGCAUGUAAUAUCUCUCGAUAAUCUACCCAUGGCCCUCAGAAAAAAAAUUAAAAUAAAAAACACAAUAAUCAAUCAAAAAGCUAUGAUACAUAGGUGAGAAUUUAAAGAUAAACUAACUAAGGAAUUGCUAAGGAUUGUUCAUUACAAUUUGCAAACUUCAAUUCGCUUAAGUUUGUUUUCGAAAGACGUCAAGGUAGAGCAGUCUUUCAACUCCUCAGGAAGUCUGUUCCACAAACUUGCAGGACUGAACAUAAUUGACUGUUGUCCGUAUGACUGUUUAAUUCUGGGCAACUUUAAAUUUCUUUUGCUGUUUCUUGUUUCCUGGCAUAGACUGCGCUGAAUCUUAAAAACUUCUAGGCAAUGUAGUUGGGCAGCAGACCAUUUAAGAAGCGCGCUGCUAAAAUAAUUAUAAUGGAUGCUCCCUGGGACGCUCCUUCUACGGCUCUUCUCAGCGAACUUAAUAUUAGGGCCAUUUAUACGAGGAAAAAUAAGACGCGUCUUUCAUUAGACGCGUCCGAAAUAAGACUCAAACUAUCCCGUAUAAACGGCACAUUUCGUUUGAAAUUUAGCUAAGACGCGUCUUAUCUAAGAACUGCCCCUAACACCUGUUCUUCGAUAAGACGCGUCUUUGCUAAGUCGCUUCUUAAUGUGCCGUUUAUACGGGAUAGUUUUCGUCAUAUUUAGGACGCGUCUAAUGAAAGACGCGUCUUAUUUUUCCUCAUAUAAAUGGCCCUAAUAUUAAGUUCGCUGAGGAGAGCCGUAGAAAGAGCGUCCCAGGGAGUAUCAUCCAUUAUAAUUAUUCUAGCAGCGCGCUUUUGAAGGCGGAUCAUGGUAUUGGAAUGACUAAUGAAACUGUCACCCCAGCUUUGACAUGGUGUUACUGUCUAUUUUGCACAAAUACUGGCAAGGCUAGUGUAGUAGAGGAUAUUACAUGGCCACUUGGAGAUACGAAAUUUCUCUUUGAGUGUUGAAAAUAUUAAUAUUUGAACAUGAGAAAAUUUCGUUUCUCCAAGUGCCCAUGUAGUGUGUACUGUUUCAUAUAUAAACACCAAUGAAAUACCAAACCAUUUUACUUGGAUAUUUUUUUCCUGCAAAAGGCGCGAUUUAUUAUGUAGCACUAGCAAUGGUGAUCUUUGUUUUCGCGGGAAAGCUGACCUAGUAAUACAGUUAUUACAUAAUAUACGAUAAAUUUUGUAAACACUCACGAAUAAAAAAAAAACUAAAAUCAAAUUUUAGUUUUUCAUCUUCUCACUUGAUAAGGAUGUCAUGGCAACAUCGAAAUGUUGUAUAAAACUCUUUCCGCUAAUUCUUAUCCUUAAGUUAUAUAAUAAUAAGACAUAUUUUGAUAUGAUAUUAAAAUAGGAUUGACUGGUUUCAUAAAAACUACUGAUUUUUCUCUUUUGAUGCUAUUGUUGAAAUCCUGCUUUGGACUGACAAAACAUUUAUAACAGGUGUGAAACAAGAAAUAACCUGAAUCAAAAAAUAUGAGCAGAAACCCAAGGACAAAUUCCUCGGAAAAUUUACUCAUCUGCAAUGAAACAGACAGAGUAACAUCGGGAAAUAAAGUAGUUAAACGAAGGCUGGAACUCACAACCUCACAAGUUGAAAUAUUAUAAUCACAGUCGGUAAAUUGCUAUUAAUUUCCUUUUACUACAACAUGAGAAAUUUCUGCAAUUUGAUUGGCUUAGAGCAGUGGUAUUUCAGCUUAAUUUGAAAUACCUACAUGUGAAAAUUACAAACCUUCUACGGGUAGUAGUAUAAACAAUCAAUAGCAUGAUUUGUAGGUGAUAUUUGGCAUAAAUACCACUCGUGGUAUUUACGCCAAAUGUCACUCGGUCUGGAUUUCAUACAAGGUGCCUGUACUGAGUCUCUAGACGGUCAACACCAAGGAGCCAUUACUCACCCUCCCCACCCAUGAAGCUUAUGACUCGUCAAUCACUUCCCCCAAGCUCUGCUAGCAGUGUUAUGAUUAUGAGUCACCGCAUUGAUUUCAGCUAGCACCUAGCAAGACCCCAAGCCCCCUGGUUUUUUUCGGCUACACUGGCUUGAACACGGGCGAUGCCCGUGUUCAAGCGAAAACUUAGCGGGCACCUUUUAGCAAAAUCACACAGACAACAAAUCAUGUUGUUAUAUAUUCCUAGACUUUCACUCAACUAAACAGGGACUGCCAUUGGUUGAUUCUUGGUCACGUGGCCUUGACUAAAAUCAAAUGUAUCCCGAUCGUGAUACAUUAAACAAUGUAUACCGCUCGGGAUACAUUGCAGCACGUGAUCAAAGCAUGGUGGAAAGUGGUGUGACAGAAGGCGGGAAAAACACUGCCAGGUCCUGCCAGUUUUCUUUUUCGUGAAUGAACACAACAACACAAAAACGAAGCCUCAAGCUAAAAGCAACGAUUUUUAAAGUUAUCCCAGAAGUUCCCGGAAGAAAAACAGCAGCUAGUGGAGGAAAAAGAUGCAGAUAAUAUGAGGAAAGUACUUUUGUUUGUAAAUCAUUCAUUCAGUGGUUUUGAGAAUUAAAUUUGUGUUGUUAUAAGUACCGAGUCGACUGUUUUGGUUCGCUCCGGUUAUUCUUUUGUUGCUGUUGAAGUGAAAGGCUAGAAGUAUAACAAAACACUUAAUGUCAGGUCCCUCGGGAAACCAGUUAGUUUUGUUUUCCCUCGAGUCCUGAUGUUUCCCUCGACUUCGUCUCGGGAAACAUCAGGACUCUUGGGAAAACAAAACUAACUGUUUCCCUCGGGAUCUGACAUUAAGUGUAUACUAUUACCUAUACAAAUUUUUCAUUUUGUGAAGUGUUGAAAAACGAAUGAUUGCAUUUGAAUGGUCACAUCAUAGGAUUUCAUCUGCAGACUCAAAAGUCAGAACCACCUUCACGACUCGGCGAUCAUUGGACAGUUUGGGGUCAAAUUAAGUUACAUCUAGUUUUGGAACUUUUUCCUGCCAAUUCUUAGCGGGCAACAUUGCAAAUACACCCAACUCUCUCGUAAGCUACCACUUCGUAAGUUUCUUAAACGAUCGCGACCACUUUUUAAACCAGAAAUUCGAAACUUGAUACUCUUUUGUCAGGGUUUUUUGUUUCUCGUAAGCGUCCACCCGGUAUCAACACGUAUGAUUGUAAGAAAACCAUUGCUUGAAUGUCACAAAAGUUUACUUUUUAAAAGCACUGACUUAGUGCGUACCAAGCGUGCUAACAGAUUAUAGCGGUUUAUCGCUGUAAUAUGAUCCAUAGGUAAAACGGUGGAUUGUAACAUUGAUGCAAAAUGUUUUGUACGAAGUCUCAACAGUUCCAAGCGCUAUUCGAUGGGAAACAUUAUUGCCAGUUGUCUGUUUGCCUAAGUUUUAGCUUGUUAGGUAAUAACUUUACGUGAUUACGUUAAUAAGUUCAGUUUGAGCUUAGUUUAUUGAUUUUUCCGCCCACUUUGUCGUGCACCAAGGAUGGUCGCUUUCGACAGAGUUGUCUGUAGCUAUAACGUCAGAGUGUAAAAUGCCCUGUGAACGUUAACCGCUACUUCGUUUACAUAUCUGAUUCACGGGAGACGAAAUUAACCGUUUAAAAGUCAGUUAAAGGAGCAGUGUCACGAAAUUUACCAAAAUUCAAACAGUGGGAACAGCCACAAAUUUGAUUGAAACGUUAAAAUAACCGCCCAAAAAGUUCCAAGAAGGUAUAAAAAACACUGCAAAUACUAAAGACGGCGCGGAUGGACAAACGUGAAGAAGAUUGAAACGGAUUGCCAUUGUGGUUUUUGAAAAGUUGUUAGCCUAACAGUUCUUCAAAGUUCACUUUUGUUGUUUUGAAAGUUUGAAAUAAUGCUUGGGAGACAUAUUUGUUUGACAUGAAGCUAUGAUUUUAUCAUUCACAAGUAAUUUCUCAACUCUUAUGCUGAAAAUGGGCGCGAAAUUGGGGUUGUAAACAAAAUGAACUAAACAGUCCCUUUAAAUCAAAAUAACUGCAACUUAUUUUAGAGGAACGUAAGAGAGAAGCAGAAAUGCCAGAAAAGGAGCACGCGUAUGGCCAUAACUGAGGAAGAUUAAACGGAUUGCCUGAAUCUAGCGGACCGAAGCCUGCUGUUUUCAAGUUUGUCUCAGUUUAUCACAAUGAUCUCAAUGAUUUAUAACUUUUGAUAAACCUCUUUUCUCGUUAUAAGGCAUUUUGUUAACAAAAGGCGUUUCUUUCGGAGUUCGAUUGUACUUAACUUUUAGCUCUUGUUAGUUUUGUUUUUUUUCUCUUCCAUAAAAUUGUCCCUUUUUCAUUUUUUUUUUUUCAGGUAAAUGCUUAGCAGAAAAUUUCUACGUCCGUGGAGAUGGAACAAGGGUGUACUUCUUUACACAAGGUAGUAUUUUGAUGUGA